AUGUACUCCGUGUGGGAAGCCAGUGACCAGCAGAUUUUGAGUGUGCGCGCAAGAUUGUAGUUUUUUAUAUUUUACUAAGAUUCUAUCUCACUGUAAACAAGGUUAGCUCAAGCUCAAAUCUCUGGCCAUGGCAGUGGCCAUGGCUGCUGUCUCUCCGUUUCUGGGCUUCAUUCAACCUCGUCUUAGGAAAUCAGGUAAGGGGCAAUGCUUCAGGGAUUCAGUUAAGAAAGGGAGAGUAAUGGCACUUUUCUGGGGUCCUAAAAAGGAGGUGGCGCCUGAAAUGAGUCUUUCAUUGCCGGAUUUCAUGCAGGCACAGAUAUACUCCGAGGGAGACUCGGCAAAAUCUGAAAAUGUUAAAAAGGUAUCAGUUUCAGUAGUUUCUUCAAUUUCAGAGGUUUCGUCAGAGGAAUGGGAUGCAUGUAGUCUUGAUGCUACAGGACCCAAACAAUAUAAUCCUUUUCUUGCACAUAAUUUUCUUUUGAGCUUAGAGGAGUCGCGUUCCGCCGUAAAGGAAACAGGAUGGGUACCGCAGCACAUCAUCGCUCGAGAUGAACAUAAUAAUAUAUUAGGUGUAGUUCCACUAUACCUUAAAAGCCAUUCAUAUGGAGAAUAUGUUUUUGAUCAUUCAUGGGCAGACGCCUACUAUAGUUAUGGUGCAAGGUACUAUCCGAAGUUUCAGUGUUGUGUACCAUUUACUCCAGUAACUGGGCCAAGGAUCUUGGUUCGAAACAAUUCAUAUAAAGAUCAAGUUUUUGAUGUUUUAGUAUCUGCAUUGAAGGACUUAGCAGUCAAGUUUCAAGUUUCCUCCCUGCACAUUACCUUUCCAUCAGAAAAUGAGUGGCACAGACUGAAGGACAAAGGUUUUCUUCAAAGGACUGGAAUGCAGUAUCACUGGAAAAACCGGAACUAUAAAAACUUUGAUGAUUUUCUGAUGGACAUGAAGCAAAGUAAAAGAAAAAAUAUACGUCAAGAGCGUAAAAAGAUUCCUGCCCAAAAUUUAACUAUGAAACGCCUAAGAGGUCAUGAGAUUAAGGCCAAGCACUGGGAUACCUUCUACAAGUUCUACAGGAACACAACAGAUAACAAAUGGGGCACCGCGUAUCUUACAAGGGAGUUCUUUCACAGCCUAGGAUCGAAGAUGGGGGAUCAAGUAUUGCUCAUUGUUGCUGAAGAAGGAGAUGAAAUUGUCGCCGGAGCACUGAACCUUAUCGGGGGAGAUACUUUAUUUGGACGAUUAUGGGGCUGUCUGCCACAUGUGUAUUAUCCAAGUUUGCAUUUUGAAGCAUGUUAUUACCAGGCAAUAGAAGCUGCUAUUGAGCUUAAUCUUGACAAAGUAGAAGCAGGAGCUCAAGGUGAGCACAAAAUUCAGAGGGGUUAUCUGCCAGUAACAACAUACAGCUGCCAUUAUAUAGUGGAUGAAGGUUUUAGACGAGUUCUUGGAGACUUUUUGGCUCGCGAAACAGCUCAGGUCGAGCUUGUCACGAAACUUUUUCAAGAUUCUGGCCCUUUCAAAGAUAAAAAUACAGCAUAGCUUUGAAGUGUGCAUGCUUUUGAUCAAUUCGAAGAAGCAGCUAGCGAAUCAGAUUAUAUUGUAAUGAUAUAGUGACAGACAAUUCUUAAAAGAAAGGAUGCUCGUUUUAAGAACUAAAUUAGAAGAAAACAGGUGUCACGGAGAAAAAGACUUGUGAAAAUAUUGAUGAAUACAUUAGCUGCUGUAUAGGCAUGUGGGACAUAUUGUACAGUGUGUUAAGAUGUACCCGCGAUAAGGACGUCUAAGAACUGGGAGUAACUGUUACUUUGUGCAGAAGAACCACGCUGGUAAUUUGUAUGUAAAUAAUUGCAAGUUUGAUAUCUCGUGUAUGCUAUACGCCUUUGGUUUCUGUUUGUAA